UUAAUACGUCAAUUUGUUUACUAUAUUUUGGCGGUUUUGAAACUUUUGUAAAUAGUUUUCCAACGAAAUCAUCGUAGUUCCGAUACCAAUCAUGGAUACAGAAACAACUAAUCCUGAAGUUUCAGAAGAUAUUGAAGUCGACGACGAUGAUGAUGAUGAGGAAGAGCCGAUUACAGCAAAGAAAGUGCUUGAUACACUACGACAGGCAUGGUUGAACGAAAGAUUCGCUCCCGAAAUUCUUCUUCACCAAACCGAUAUGCUCGAUCUGAUGCUCGGCCAGGUAUCGCACAUGGAAGAGAAUGUCAAGCAAUUGCCAACGAACGAUUUCCGCGGUAUCAUCCAUCGCAUGGAAUUGGAACGCAUCAAGUACAUAAUUUCCAGUUACCUGCGGUGUCGACUGGCGAAAAUCGAAAAUUUCACCGAUUUCAUUCUUGCUCAGGAAGCGACCCGUGACGAGAAACUUUUGUCGGAUGGAGAGCUCGCCUAUGCAACAAGCUACCUGAAGAUGAACAAAAAUCAUUUCCAGCAAAUCGUUUUGCAGCACAUUCCGACACUGAAAGAUGAUUAUGCCCAAAAUAUGGCUCGACCCAACGAAAUGAGCCACAUAUUUCUGGUGGCGAAUAAGGACGUUCCUUCGGUUAUUGUUGGUGUGAAUGAUGAGGAAGUGGAUUUGCAGGUCGGAUCCCGCCACAUUAUGCCGUACAAAUUAGCUGCAGAUUUACUGAAAAGUGGAGACGUACAAUUGAUCUAGGACACCGUUCUGAUUAAGAUGCCAAUAUGUAAUCUCGGAGAUGUCACGAAGGUAGAUGGAAUAAAAAAUGAGUUGUCGUUGCUGUUAA